GACACCAUGAUAUAAUUUGCUUCGCGAGGAAGCAAAAAAUCAUGUACAUAUUCUUGUAAUCGUGAACCAUUCUUGCCGACUAAAUAUUUGUAGUGUCGUUGGUCCAACUCUGAACAAAAAAGCACGGUACGCUUUCCUGCCUCUUUCCAGUUUCCUCACAGCCAUGUCAAAUUAUCAACCUUCAACUUCAUCUUCAGCGGAUCCCAACUUGGGUUCCUUAGGGCCUGAAUACAGAACUCAGGUUGCAGAGCCAGAGUCAGAGCCAGUAUCAGUGCCCCAUGAGGUUAUGCUACUUCUCCUGGCUUACCUUCCUUUAUACGAGCUUCUUGCCAUGAGUCAAGUUUGCGUUCUGCUUAGAGAUGCAGUCAACGAGGAGGUAUUGCCAUGGUUAAACGUCGUCGUUGAUAGGACUCUGAGCUCAAGGUUGACCGAUGAAAUUCUGAUCAAAGUUACUUCCAAGGCAAAUGGCAGGCUCGCAACUUUAGCUCUCAUGGAUUGUGUAAAGAUCACCGAUGAUGGGCUUCGACGUGUUGCUGAAACUAACCCUCUUAUCAACAAGCUUUGCUUAACAGGAUGCACAAGGUUAACUCCAGAGGGAGUCAUAAGAGCUGUAAAGACACUCUCAGAUCAUCAUCCCCACAGCCUGACAACCCUACAAAUAAAUGGCAUCUACGACAUAAACAAACACCAUCUCCAAACGCUUCGCAGCUUUCUCCCUCUCAACACUGAAUUGCAGCUAAAGCAACCUCUUCUCUUUUACCACACUUACAGAAACCCAAAAUCACCUGGACACUGGCAAAGUUUACGGGUUAUUGAUGUUGAGGUCUGCCGGCUGUGUGAGGAAGUCAGGAUGGUUUUUGAUUGCCCAAGAGAAUCAUGUAAGAGGAGGGAGUGCAGGGGAUGCAGCUUUUGCAUUCAAAGGUGUGAGGAGUGUGGUGGGUGUGUUGAAUAUGGGGAGGAAGAAGAAGCUGCCUGUAGCGAUGUUUUGUGUUCGGCUUGUUGGCUUCAGCUUCCUAAAUGUGAUGUUUGCAAUAAGCCAUAUUGCAAAACACAUACCAGUCUUGGCUACUCUGCUUCUGCUUCUGCUGGCUUCAUUUGUGAUGUUUGUCGUGCCAAGUUCAUUCAAAGUUUAUGUGAUGAUCUCGAGUUUUGAAUUUUCUGAUCUGGUUUCCUUUUGUGUAUAUUUGAUAUAAGUAACUUUGGUUAGGAUGGCUUUAAUUGCUUUCAGUUUAGGACUGAUUCUCUGUAUUUUAGAAUUAUACAACUACUUACUGAAUUAAAACAUCACCCUGGACAUAUGGCA